CUUUUUCAAAUGAUGUGCCAUCUUGAAUAACACACUUUCUUUGACUCGAUCUCGUUGAAGCAGCUAUUCGAUCGUGAUGAGUGUAACGAUAGGUGUCUUAGCAUUGCAAGGUGCAUUCGCAGAGCACAUCUCAGCCCUCACACGGUUUUCCUCUCCAUCCACUUCUGCUUCCCUCAAGACAUGCAUUCAUCCGAUCCCCGUUAAAACUUGUUCUGAUCUCCUACGGUGUGAAGCACUUAUCAUACCUGGUGGAGAAUCCACGACGAUGGCUCUCCUGGCUAGACUGAAUGGUCUUCUGGAGCCUUUGAGAGAUUUUGUGAAGAGUGGGAAGCCUGUGUGGGGGACGUGUGCUGGAGCGAUCUUGCUUGCCAAUGGGGGUGGGCAGGAAUUACUGGGUGGUGUGGACAUCAGCGUGGAGAGGAAUGGAUGGGGGUCUCAGUUGGAGUCUUUCGAGACUGAAUUGCAUAUGAUCGGAAUUCGAAACGAGGAUGUGCCAUUCCGAGGAGUCUUCAUUCGUGCACCCCUCAUCCUUUCUCUCACGUCGACCGGUGGCCCCGAUUCAGAACCCAUAACCAUCCUCUCCCGAAUCCCACUCUCUCACCUCCCAAAUUCGCGCAUUCAGUUAUGGACCGCCCCUGAAAAUGGGCCUUGCCGUCGACUGUCAGAAGAUGACCCUCGCUUGAUCGUCGCGCUACGCCAGGGACGGAAACUAGUGACAACAUUCCACCCAGAAUUAACCUUGGACGAUAGGAUCCUAGAGUAUUUCGUUAAGAAUUGCGUACUUGACGAUCCGGAAGAGGCGUUGGAUAUUUAGUAGGAAUGCGAUAUUAAGCUUUGGAUAUAGAUUCAUAGACUAAUUUUAAUCCCAACUCGUUCAUUUAGCCCCCAGUGGGGACGCGCUAUAGCUUGUCAUAUUAAUAGCAAAUUUGUUCCAACAGAUUGAUUCAGGAACCGUACCUCGUCGCGCAGAUGAAUUUGGAUAUUAUAUGACUGUGGGCGUCGUUGCGGGAUGUGCCCGCCACGCAGUGCUUGGCCAGGGGCCCACUGUUUCUGGUUAGGAAAGCGAGGCGACAGCUAGAGGAGAUAGUGAAGCCACUGGCAGUCCAAUCCUAUACUCACCCCACAUAGGCACAGCCACUUCAAACUUGCUCCGCAAGCUGUAUGCAGAGCAGGUCACCUGUUGGAAUACAGUGGGUUUGAGUGGAGCUUAGACAUGGAGCUGGGAUUCAAAGGAUUCAGAAAGCGAGGAGAUAGUAAAGGAUCUAAAAAUAGAUCGUCG